AGACGUGAUGGAAGAGAGCGAUGAACUGAGCGAAGCAGAGGAGAAACAGCAUCAUGUCAAAACUAGUAAGAAAUUUUUGAGUCGCUCACAGACUAAAAGUAAUUUAUUGAAAAGAGCCAAAAAGCCUUUUACCUGCUCUCAUUGUGGGAAGAGUUACACAUUAAAAAGAAGCCUAACAUUACACAUGAGGAUCCAUACUGGAGAAAAUCUGCACACGUGUGAUCAAUGUGGGAAGAGUUUUCCGAAAAAAUCCAACUUUAAGGAUCACAUGAAAAUCCACACUGGAGAAAAACCGUACUCAUGUGAUCAGUGCGGGAAGAGUUUCCCACACAUGCACAGUCUUAAUAUUCACAUGAGAAGUCAUAGUGGAGAGAAGCCAUUCACAUGUGAUCAAUGUGGGAAUAGUUUCACAAGUAAAAGUUCUUUUAAUGUACACAUGACAAUCCACACUGGAGUGAAACCACACACAUGUGAUCAGUGUGGGAUGAGUUUCAGACAAAAAUGGUCUCUAAGUGAACACAUGAGGAUCCACACUGGAGUGAAGCCGUUCGCAUGUGAUCAGUGUGGAAAGAGUUACAGAAACUCAUCCAGUUUGAAAGUACACCUGCGUCUUCAUUCUGGAGAAAGACCAUUUAACUGUGAUCUGUGUGGAAAAGCUUUUGUUAAGUCAGAUGCACUGAAGACCCACCAGAAAGUUCAUACAAAGGAGAAGCCUUACAUGUGUACUUUGUGUGGAAAGAGUUUUAGUCAGUCGAGUUCUUUAAAAUUACAUCAGAAAAGACACAACAGUGUGAAGGAGCAUAUGUGUUUUGAUUGUGGGAAGACUUUUACUACAGAUGCUGAACUGAAACUGCACCAGAGAGUGCACAGUGAGGAAAAACCUUUCAAGUGUUCACACUGUGACAAGAGAUUCAGAUGGCCACAAUAUCUAAAAAAACACGAGAGGAUCCACACUGGAGAGAAACUGUAUCAGUGCAUUCCAUGUGGGAAGAGUUUCACUCUGUCAUCUACUUUACUCAGUCAUAUGAAAAAAAAAACAAAUGUCUGAAAUCAUAAACUGAUGUCUGAAUCCUUCUUUGGAUCCAGCACAUUUAAUCGCAACACCGUGUCCUUACCAAACAUAACCCAAUAAAUCAAGCAAUAAUAUCUCUUGUAUAUAAACAAACAUCAUCUGAAGCUGUUAGUUAUCGUAGUGAAGCGGAGUGGAUUGUUAUGCUCCAUCACCUUCCCCUCUCCGACUUACAUUAUAUCAUUUUAAUUCAUGUUUAAUCACCAUUUGUUAAGUAUUAUCUUUUAUGCAGUGAUUAACAUAAAUGUAUAAUAGUGUUAGCAUAGUUUAUUUUUUGAUUCUCUUGUUCCUAUAAGAAAUGAUGUACAGUAUGUGUCACUCUUAGUUCAUUUACUCUCUUUCAUGAAGGAAUGUAAUUUUUUGUACAUGUAAAUGUUAGUUUUCUUUGUUCAUAUAAGCACGAUUCAUCAGAAAAAGAACAGUUGGA